AUGCGGACAACUUUGCUUCGUCGGCAUUUGACUGCGUCGCCAUACACCUUACCUCCUACCAUCCGCCAGCUUCUGUCAUCCACGACAUACAAUUCCUCUAAUGAAGCCAAUGUUACGGUAACUGGCUGGAUCAAGUCCAUUCGACGCCAAAAACGCGUUUCGUUUGCUGUUGUAAGCGAUGGAACAACGUCCGCAGGCUUACAAGCCGUCUUUCCAAACUCUUCCCUUGUUCCCAAAGAAUUAACCAAUGGUGCCAGUGUCAAGUUGAGAGGCCGUCUCGGCAAAAGUCUCGGUGCAGGGCAAGAAAAGGAACUCGUCGUGAAAGAUGUGGAGGUUCUUGGUCUUUGUGAUCCUGAAACCUAUCCCAUUCAAAAGCAAGCCUUGUCUCAUGAAUUUUUACGAGAUAAUGUGCACCUUCGCACUCGCACUACUUCCGUUGCUGCGAUGCUACGCUUGAGGCAUGCUUUACAGCGGGAAUUAUCCUUUUAUCUUGAGCAACAAGGUUUUAUCCAUGUUCACACCCCACUCUUGACCUCCAACGACGCAGAGGGUGCUGGAGAAACUUUUAAACUCGCGAAAAUCACGGAGAAGGCGUCAAAUCUAGGAAAAACCGAUGUUAUAUUGACGGAUGCACUUUCUCAUCCGGAACAGGAUGAUGAAUUCUUCGGCCGCCCAGCUCACUUGACUGUCUCUGCCCAACUGCAUCUGGAAUCUUUUCAGGCGGCUAUAAGUCGAGUUUGGACGUUGUCGCCGUCAUUCAGAGCCGAGCGAAGUCAAACUAGUAGACAUUUAUCGGAAUUCUGGAUGUUGGAAGCAGAAUGGGGCGACCUGCCUGUUGGAACACCUGACACUGGUGUCCGCGGGAUCUGUACUUUCGUCGAAGGUAUGAUUCGCGCAGCGGUCAAAAAUGUGCUUGAAGCCCCUGAUACGAAAGCCGACAUUGAUGUCUCUUGGGGUCCCACAGUCGAUGAGAAGUUGGAUUUGAAAACGGAGAGGAGGCAAGAGAUGGAAAAGGCCGUCUUUGGUAACGGGAGGUGGAAUAUCAUGACCUACGGCGAUGCUAUUCUUGCUUUGGAGGAGGAGUACGAACGUCAACGCCGAGACGGUAGGACCCAGUUUGAGUUCAAACCAGCAUGGGGGAAAUCACUACAAAGCGAACAUGAAAAAUGGUUGGCAGAAGUUAUGAUUGGUGGACCAGUAUUUGUCAUCGAUUACCCUCUCGAAUCGAAGCCAUUCUACAUGAGGGUCAAUGAUUUUGAUGGUGAAAGGCAAACGGCGGCCUGUUUUGACCUGCUGGUGCCCGGCGUCGGCGAACUUGUAGGUGGAUCUGUUAGGGAAGAGCGGGAAGAUGUUCUUUUACAGCGUAUGAAGGAAGUCGGUCUCUGGACCGAAGAGAAUGGCUUAGGACACUAUGAAUGGUAUAUGGAUUUGAGACGGUAUGGAGGGUCACCGCAUGUUGGCUUUGGGAUGGGUUUUGAAAGACUUGUUUCGUGGGUGGGAGGUAUAGAAAAUGUCCGGGAAUGCGUUCCAAUGCCCCGAUGGGCUGGUAGGCUACUGUUGUAG